AGCCACCACGCCCGGCCAAUACUAUUCCUUUCAUGGCCUCUUUUUCCCACAGGGCUAAGUCCAGCAUCUCAGCCUGGCACCCACAGGGUUCUGCCCGCCCACCUCCCCAGCCUCCUAAAUUGCUACUCUCACUCCCAGGGACCUGAGGCUUCACCAGGUUACCUACCCCAACCAUGGGUCCUCAGGCCCUCAGUGCAAUAGAAAUUGACAUGAGGUGGCCAGGCGCGGUGGCUCACGCCUAUAAUCCCAGCACUUUGGGAGGCCGAGGCAGGCGGAUCACCUGAGGUCAGGAGUUCCAGACCAGCCUGACCAACGUGGUGGAACCCUGUCUUUACUAAAAAUACAAAAAGUAGCUGGGCUUGGUGGCGGGCGCCUGUAAUCCCAGCUACUCAGGAGGCUGAGGGAGGAGAAUUGCUUGAAUCUGGGAGGAGGAGGUUGCAGUGAGCUGAGAUCGCACCACUGCACUCCAGCCUGGGCGACAGAGCAAGAUUCCGUCUCAAAAAAAAAAAAAGAAAGAAAGAAAGAAAAGAAAAGAAAUUGACGUGAGGGCCAGGCACAGUGGCUCACACCUGUAAUCCCAGCACUUUGGGAGGCCGAGGAGGGAGGAUCACUUGAGGUCCAGAGUUCGAGACCAGCCUGGCCAACAUGGUGAAACCCCGUCUUUACUAAAAAUACAAAAGUUAGCCGGGCGUGGUGAUGGGUGCCUGUAAUCCCAGCUACUCAGGAGGCUGAGGUGGAGAAUCACUUGAACCCAGGAGGCGGAGGUUGCAGUGAGUCGAGAUAGCACCACUGCACUCCACCCUGGGUGACAGAAUGAGAUCCUGUCUCAAAAGAAAGAGAGAGAGAGAGAGAGAGAAAGAAAGAAAGAAAGAAAAGAAAGAAAAAGAAAGGGAAAGAAAAGAAAUUGACAGGAGGCUAAACGAGUUUUCCUAGACAAAGCUUCAUUGGAGCUUAUGCCCAGACAUAAAGGAGGCAGCAUGAGAGAGAGAGGGUGAGAGAGGGAGAGAGAGGGAAAGAGAGAGAGAGGGAAAGAGAGAGAGAGAGGGAAAGAGAUAGAGAUUUUUCUAUCUGACUCUCCAAAAAGAGCCAGGAGGGCUUUUUUAUUAGGCAAAGCAUGGGAAUUUACAUCAGGGAUAGGGCAUGCCGGCUGGGCUGGGCAAAGCACGUGAAGGUAUGCAGGUUGGCAUUAUCUGGUUGCCAUGGUUAUCUUGAGUUAUGGGCCACCUGGUAGUCUCUCUGGUGGCAACAAGGCUGUCAAUCAGUUCAGCAUUCCUUCCUGAGGUGGGACACUCCACAACCUUGGUUUGAUAUUUGAAUCUCCUAAGGUCAGUUCCUGGGAUUCUCUUAAGUAAUAGGCAUGUUUCCACAUGAUGACGUCAGUGAAAUCGUGGUAUGGGUCUGGUAAUCACUGGGAAUGCAGGAAAGAAUGCAGUGGUUGGGCCAGGUGUGGUGGCUCAUGCCUGUAAUCCCAGCACUUUGGGAGACUGAGGUGGGCGGAUCCCUUGUGGUGAGGAGCUGGGCGUGGUGGAACAAGCCUCUAAUCCCAGCUACUCAGGAGAGUAAGGCAGAAGAAUUGCUUGAACCUGGGAGGCGGAGGCUGCAGUGAGCUGAGAUUGCACCACUACACUCCAGCCUGGGCAACAGAGUGAGAUUGUCUCAAAAAAAAAAAAAAGAAUGCCCUGGUGGGGGUGAGCUGAAGCCAAGCCCCGCUUCUGCUGUGUCUCAGUAUGAACUCCGGGGGAUUCACCCAGGAAUGAAGAACGCAGGGCCCCUUCUCCACCUCUCUUCACACAGCUGCCUCUGCCUGAACUGACCUACCCCCCGGCCUCCCAUAAAAUAAGGCAGAGACCCAUGAAAUUCCUCCUGUCUCCUAAUUGAUACCGCCUCCUUUUUCUCACACUUGGAAUGAGCUCCUUAUGUCUCAGAUCUAAUCCCCCUGACCCUUCAAUCAAGGGCUUUCUCCUGUGUCCCCCACAGACCUGGGACAGCUCCCUUGCCGGGCUGUGAGCUUCCUAAGGGCAGGGCCAGCAGGGGAUCGGAGGGAAGCUGUGAUACAUUGUGGUGCACCAGGCAGGCAGCACACUCUUUGCAAACUUUUACAUGAAUACACAUGGGGAUUUACAAGCUAAAAACUUUGAAGUGGGCUGGGGCGGGCGCGGUGGCUCACACCUGUCAUCCCAGCACUUUGGGAGGCCGAGGCAGGAGGAUCACUGGAGGUCAGGACUUCAAGACCAGCCUGCCCAACAUAGUGAAACCCUGUCUCUACCAAAAAUACAAAAGUUAGCCAGGCACGGUGGCGCAUGCCUUCCUGUAAUCCCAGCUAUUUGGGAGUCUGAGGCAGGAGAAUCACUUGAACCUGGCUGAGAAGUGGAGGAUGCAGUGAAACGAGAUCACACCACUGCACUCCAGCCUGGACAACAGAGCGAGACUCUGUCUCAAAACAAAACAAAACACAACAAAAACAAACAAACCACAAACACACACACACACACACAGCAAAAAAAAACUUUAACGUGGAUACACGUGGGGGAUUUCCAAGCUAAAAACCAAAUUCUGCUGUGGUCAUGCUGGGGUGAAGGCUGAGAGUUUGCAGUUCUAACAAGCUCCCAGGUGUUACUGAUGCUUCUGGAUGGAGACCACUUUAUGCAACAAGGGCCCAGCUGGCUAGGGAAGGAAGGCAGCUGAGAGCCCAGGUGGCAGCAGCCAGCAUCCCAUGGGUAUAAGAUGACCAGAGGCGGCUGCCUGCUGCUCUGCAGGCACCAUGGAGCUGAGCUAUAGGCUCUUCAUCUGCCUCCUGCUCUGGGGUAGUACUGAGCUGUACUACCCCCAACCCCUCUGGCUCUUGCAGGGUGGAGCCAGCCGUCCUGAGACGUCCGUACAGCCCGUACUGGUGGAGUGUCAGGAGGCCACUCUGAUGGUCAUGGUCAGCAAAGACCUUUUUGGCACCGGGAAGCUCAUCAGGGCUGCUGACCUCACCUUGGGCCCAGAGGCCUGUGAGCCUCUGGUCUCCAUGGACACAGAGGAUGUGGUCAGGUUUGAGGUUGGACUCCACGAGUGUGGCAACAGCAUGCAGGUAACUGACGAUGCCCUGGUGUACAGCACCUUCCUGCUCCAUGACCCCCGCCCCGUGGGAAACCUGUCCAUCGUGAGGACUAACCGCGCAGAGAUUCCCAUCGAGUGCCGCUACCCCAGCUGUCUUGUCGACGGUCUCACUGAUGCCUCUUCUGCAUUCAAAGUUCCUCGACCCGGGCCAGAUACACUCCAGUUCACAGUGGAUGUCUUCCACUUUGCUAAUGACUCCAGAAACAUGAUAUACAUCACCUGCCACCUGAAGGUCACCCUAGCUGAGCAGGACCCAGAUGAACUCAACAAAGCCUGUUUCUUCAGCAAGCCUUCCAACAGCUGGUUCCCAGUGGAAGGCCCGGCUGACAUCUGUCAAUGCUGUAACAAAGGUGACUGUGGCACUCCAAGCCAUUCCAGGAGGCAGCCUCAUGUCGUGAGCCAGUGGUCCAGGUCUGCUUCCCGUAACCGCAGGCAUGUGACAGAAGAAGCAGAUGUCACCGUGGGGCCACUGAUCUUCCUGGACAGGAGUGGUGACCAUGAAGUAGAGCAGUGGGCUUUGCCUUCUGACACCUCAGUGGUGCUGCUGGGCGUAGGCCUGGCUGUGGUGGUGUCCCUGACUCUGACUGCUGUUAUCCUGGUUCUCACCAGGAGGUGUCGCACUGCCUCCCACCCUGUGUCUGCUUCCGAAUAAAAGAAGAAAGCAA